AGAAAUUCGGCAGGAGAAAACGUGAUUGGAUGACCCAUAUUUUGUCCUAUGAUGAGUUUGUAAAGAAGACCAAAGCUGAACUCAGUACAGAUCUUGAUGUUGCCAGCUCAAACUCAACCAAACCGCAGAUUAAAACUCUGUACUCCACUGCUACUGAGAAACCGAAGAUUAAACCUCCCUCUCUGCAGAGGUGGAGUGGGAGGAGCGACAGCGAGGACCAGAGACCUGAUGGGAAGAUAACUUUGAAAUAUAAAAACUUACCUUGGCAGAGCGAACACUGAGCAGGAAUGGACAUGAGACUGCUGGGUAAGUGAGGCUUUUAAAGGAGCAGCAGAGGGAGAGGGCACAGCAAGGCGCAGCGGACUGGUGGGUAUAUAUUUGGGCAGCAGCUGA